UUCGAAGUGAUGUUUGUAAUGAAAGUAAUGCAAGUCGCUGGUGGCAACUUUAGCAUUGGAACCGCCGUAUUCUUUUCAUUCCGGUAUGUGCUUGCAAUUUUGUCCUAUCUAGAACGAAUGUCUUGGCUUCGCAUCCCCUUCACGUCCCAUUCUCUCACUUCCAUGCUUUCUUUGACGCCUUUCCGUCUUUUGCCGUAGGUUCUUCUACUGGCAUAUUUUUGCUGACAUGGUCUAUCUAUGUAAGCCCCUAUACUUUGUAGACUUCUCGAUGUUUCAACUAUUAUUUGCUCAUACCAUCUUGACCUUUCUUCGAAAACAGGUACAUCGACCAUCAUCUAUCCCUUCAGUGGGACUGAACUGUACUGUGUAUGGUUGAGAUUUAUGGGUGCAACGAUUGGGAAAAAGGUUUGUUCAACAUCUAUCUUCACUUUCAUACCAGUUUUCAUUUAUCGACACUAUACGAAAUAAUGUACUCACCUCCUUCUCUACAAUUAUAGGUUUUCAUAUCCCCCGAAAAUGGAGGUUUCAGAGAAAUUGGUAAGCCGUGCUUCGGACGUUCAGCUGUUUUUGAUUUCACACGUGCAUAUUUGUCUAACUGCUAGAGUGUUGUACGUUGAAGAUUUCAUGAAUAUUGGAAAUAACUGCGUGAUGAUGACGCCCAACAUUCAUGCUCAUUACACCGAUCAUGGAAAGCUUCAGUUCUGCCCGGUGAAGUUGGAAGACGGGUGUGAAAUAAACAUUGGUGCAACAGUGAUGCCUCUGACAACGGUAAGAAUAUCAAAUGCAGAACACUAUUACCCGUUUAUGCGCUUUUCUAACCAAAUGAGUACUAUUCUUUUCAUAGUAUGGGAAGAAUUGUCGUCUUCGUCCAUUUGCCGUAACGGUGAAAGGUCAACAUUGCGAAGAAAACACGUCCUAUGAAGGAAACCCCUGCAAAGCUGUAAAGGCACCAAGUGAAAAGGUUGCUGUCUUAUUCGCUGGACAAGGCAGUCAAUAUCCUGGUAUGUUGGAUUCUCUCACGCACAAUGAAGAAGCCAAGAAACUUUUAAAGACUGCAUGUGAGCACCUGGAUAUGAAUAUUGAAGAGAUAUGCUCCAUUACAGCGGACACAAAAGCUAUCGAAAACACUAGAAUAGCUCAACCCAUUGUAUUUGUCGCAGAUCUCAUGGCGGCUGAAAUGAUGCGUCAGAAAGCUGCUCUCGAUUUCUCGAAGACGAUUGCUGUUGCUGGAUAUUCAUUGGGAGAGCUUUCAGCGCUUUGUUUUGCAAAAGCAAUCAGUUACAAAGAUGCUCUGUCUCUAGUCAAAGUUCGUGCUGAUGCGAUGGCUUCUUGUAAUGGAGGUUCGAUGUGCAACCUAAGAGGGGCGUCAAGAAAAGAUGCAGAUAACCUUGCAAAAAAAUUUAAGUGCAAGAUUGCCAAUAUCGUCAGCGAUCAUCAUGACCAAAUCGAAAGAAAUCUAUAUGUCAUCGCUGGUCCUUCAUCAUCGAUCGAUCACUUGAUCUCUCAUGUGAAUGUUGAUGUAGAAGGGGGCUUGAGAGCAAAGAAACUUAGGGUCAGCGCCGCUUUUCAUACCAAUGACAUGAAACAAGCUCAACUGAAAUUCAAGCAAGCUCUAGAAAAUGUCAAGAUUUCUUUACCAUCGGAUGUCCUUGUUUAUUCCAAUGUUACAGGUCGCCCAUACUCAUCAGAAGAGGAGAUUCGUAGAUUGCUUCCAUUGCAAAUCAGUAGUCCUGUGCAGUGGCAUGGGACCGUGCUYGACAUGGUUGAAAAAGAAGGAAUUUCGAAAUUUAUUGAGUGUGGACCUAUGGAUACUCUAAGCAAAAUGCUCUCCCUCAUUUUUCCCGACAUAACGAGUGACAAAAUUCUUACAAGUGACGAUUGCAAUUGAAAGUAAAGAUGAGGGAGUCUA